AGCCAAGAAGAAGCUAGUGAAGAAGGCUAAAAAGAAUUAGAGUUGCAUCGUCGUUAUCAGUUGUAUCCAGUCAAACCACUCAAUAGCAGAGGGCUGUACACAUUCCCUUCACCAGCUAGCAACAGUCUCGGUGAGAAAUGCAUGUGCCUUUAAAAAUGUCAUAUGUUGAGUUGUGCUACAACAGCUCUUGAUUUACGUAAAACAUGGGAGUUACUUUAAACUUUGGGUUGGCUUCACUCACCCAAAGGUGAAGAUUGCAUUCCUCUUUUCCACUCUUUUCCCCGUUGAAAACAGCUUACAUUAUAACUACCAUGGACGCCAUGGUGGCUGAUCUAUUUUCAAAAUGGUAUACUUAUCUUUACCAUCAUUUUCAUCAUAAAAUGGACUACUAUGCACCACCGCCCGAUCAAUUGUUCCCUAGGAUGCGACAGAUCAUCGACGUGAUAUCCGCCUACAGUCCACCCAUUGUUAGGGUAUACUACACUAUUCUCAACGCCAAUAUAUUACCAGCUAUUAUCAACACAGUCUGUCAUAGUGACGAAAACAGCUGCAGUGUAAACAGUGAAACAAUCAAGACAGUAGCCGUUCUUAUUGCCCUUCUCGUUUUAUAUGCUAUUUUUGCGAUCGUUUUAUUUGUUGUGCGUGGUAUCACACGAUGCAUUCUCGCACUCGUGCGUUUGGGUUCCCUCACAGCUUUAUUACUCUUGUUUGCUUGCAUCGUCGUGUCUAUUGUUUCUGCCACAGCACUGCAAGGCAAUAAUCCAUCGUAGGCUAAUGACCCGUCUCUCUCAAGCUCAACUAUGUCUUCCCUCCCCCCCUUCUCGCUCAACCCUCCUGUAAAUACCUUUACAUUCGAUCAUACACCUUCUCACCACUUUUUCCUCAACUUACCCUUUCCCUGCUCACUGUAUGUUCAAUCUAUCCAAUGAUAUCAUUUUAUUCAAAAGUGAUGGUUGCAAAAAAUCAAAAAAAAAAAAAAAAAAAUGGUUUUUGAGGAAUCAGUCGAGGGAA